UACUUGAUUAACAUCUCAUGCUUCUGACCUGCAGAAGUGCUCAACAUAUUGAAGAGGACAGAUAAAAAAGGGAAGAAAAUAAACUUUUGUCAGGCAUUGUAAUGGAAAAAGUUGGCAUCGUGAUGUGGUAUCUUAAUGGGUUGAGUGAAGUUCUCAAAGCCCGAGACUUUAAUGGAUUUUAUAAAAGACUAAUUCCCAAUGCUAAUGGCCAAAUGCAUUCAUGGAUGAUGAAAAUAUUUAGUUUGUAUUAAUAAGGACAUAGAAAAGAAUCUAAACCUUCAUGAUUUAAGGACAACCACACACUGAUAGGUUAAAGAUAAAUAUGUCUACUGCAAUCAAGCAAAUCCUUAAGGGCUGGGUGUCUUUUACUAUCUCCUGGGGCAACUAAUUUGCCACACUAGACUGGGUCUGAUGAGAAAUCAAGAUCUGAUUGAGCAGUGAGGGCAAGAUGAGACAGACAAUUGCAAGUCCCACACAGCAGUUGGCAGUCAGAUGGUUCAGCAAAUGCCAAGUAUUACAACCUUGAACCCCAUGUGAACAUCAAUGGGCCGAGCCUGCAGAGAGCAAAUCAGCAACUGACCAAAGCUCCACAGCCCACCUGUAACGUAAAUUGAACAUCAGUAGCCAGCAACAGCAGAGAGCAAAUCAGCAACCGAGCCAGACCUCCACCACUGCUCCCCCUUUGAUAUAAGCUGCCCACCAGGCUGUGCUCAUCCCUUCUUGCAAGAACCAGCUCAGUUGCACCAAUGGCUCAAGACGGAGUGCAGUGCUGCCACUCAGAGAAAGACUUUAUCUUGUCUCCUCACAGUAAGAAGGUUCCCAAAAGGAUGGCAUCCCUCUUGGAGAUGAAAGAGAUCUUCCGGAAUGCUGAUGCAGUGUGCUUUGACGUGGACAGUACAGUCAUCAGGGAAGAAGGCAUCGAUGAGCUCGCGAAGUUCUGUGGAGUCGGAGAUGCUGUCGCAGAGAUGACCCGCAGAGCUAUGGGUGGCACUGUGACAUUCAAAGCAGCUUUAACAGCACGACUCGGUCUCAUACGUCCCUCCUACGAGCAAGUGCAGAAGCUAAUAUCGGACAACCCACCUCAGCUAACACCGGGAAUACGGGAGCUGGUGAGCAGGCUUCAUCAACGAGGGGUCCAGGUCUUCUUGGUCUCCGGAGGGUUUCAGAGCAUUGUGGAGCACGUGGCCUUGCAGCUGAACAUUCCUACAGCAAACGUCUUUGCCAACAGGCUCAAGUUUUACUUUAAUGGAGAAUAUGCAGGGUUUGAUGAAACACAACCAACAGCUGAAUCAGGGGGGAAAGGAAAGGUUAUUACUCAUCUGAAGGAACAGUUCCACUUUAAGAAAGUAGUUAUGAUUGGAGAUGGAGCUACAGACAUGGAAGCCUGUCCCCCUGCUGACUGUUUCAUCGGAUUUGGAGGAAACGUAAUCAGAAAGCAAGUAAAGGAGAAAGCUAAAUGGUACAUCACUCACUUUGAUGAACUGCUAAAAGAGCUGGAAGAGCGAUAAAUUAUACACUAAAAUAAUAUAUUUAACAACUCUACAUCCAUUAUACAAUGCAAUUAAACAUUUAUUUGUUUGCAAA